CUCUUUUUUUUUUUUUCUUCUUCUUCUUCAACAACGCACACACCUCAGUGUACUUCUCACCCACCCACACCUAUCCUUUCUUUCCCCCACGCUCCCUCUCACAUUUACUAGAAUGAAGAAGUCUUCAUUUUCCUAUUUCCCUAUUGUGGUGGCAGGUGUUUGUUUAGCCGUCUUUGUCAUGACGGCCGAUGCCAUUAAAAUCGAUCAUCCCAAGUACAGAGAAGCCGAUUCCGAUAUUGUUCCUGGUCGAUACAUUGUCAGCUUUACUGGUGAUUCCUCUUCUGCUGCCACCUCCGCCAUUACCAAGGCCCCUGCCAAGGCCGCUCCUGCUCCUGCUAAUUCCUCUCCCACCAACUCUCUUUCUGACUCCGGCACCGAUAUCGAAGUCGAAGAAGAAUUCAACCAUUCUCUUUUUAACGGUGCCAGUAUCAAGGUCGAUACAGAGAACCCCGAGGACGAAGCCAAGACCAUCAAAUCUAUUUUGGACAGAGAUGAUGUUUUAUCCAUCACACCUAUCCGUCUUCAUAAGCGUCCUGAAGUCAUUCAAGGUGAAUAUGAUCCCAAGGUUGCCAAACCCUCUGUCUUACCUCACGCUAUGACUCAAGUCGAUAGAGUCCAUGAGGAAUUGAAAAACAAGGGUAAAGGCGUUCUUGUAGCCGUGCUCGAUUCAGGUAUCGAUUAUACCCAUCCUGCCUUUGGUAGUGGCUUUGGCCCUGGUUUCAAGGUCUCCAAGGGUUAUGAUUUGGUCGGUGAUAAGUACAGUGGUUCCAAUACCCCCAUUCCUGAUAGUGAUCCUUUGGAUGCCUGUGGUGCUGCAUCUGGUGCUACAGGUCAUGGUACUCAUGUUGCUGGUAUCAUUGCUGGUUUUGACCCUGCCACCAACUUUACAGGUGUUGCACCUGAAGCCAAUCUCGCUAUUUACCGUGUGUUUGGUUGUAAAGGUUCAGUCGGUACUGAUAUUGUAAUUAAAGGUCUCUUGAUGGCUUAUGACGCAGGAGCCGAUGUCAUUAGUAUCAGUUUGGGUACCAAGAAUAACUGGAACGCUGGUAACCCUGAACACGAUGUGAUCAACAAGAUUAGUGCUGCUGGUGUCAGUGUUGUAAUUUCCACAGGUAACUUUGGUCAAUAUGGUUAUUAUACCGUAGGUCAACCUGCUACUGCCGCCGGUGCCUUUGCUGUUGCUUCCAUCGAAAAUCAAUUCCAAACUACCUAUAGUGCCUCCUUCACUGGUGUCACUGAGGAUGUUGAAUAUUUAACUACGGGUUCUCCCCUCAUGAAGAAUGGUAAAGUGGUUGCUUCUGAUGCUACUUUUACCUCGACCACAGAUGCUUGUACUGCUGCUUCCAUCUCUUCCGCUGUCAAUGGUACUAUCGCUCUUACCCAAAGAGGUGGCUGUACUUUUGAAGUCAAGAUGGCUAAUCUUGCCACUGCUGGUGCCACCGGUAUUAUCUUUUAUAAUAACGUAGACACAGUCGUUGCCCCCGUCUCUGCUCCCAAAUCUCUCAUUCCCGUCAUCAGUAUUGCUAAAGCCGCUGGUUUGGAUAUCAUUGCCUCUCUUAAGAAGGGUGAGGUCACCGCUGAAUUCGGUAAAGAAGGUAUCAGUGAAUCUGAUCUUGGUGGUAGUGUGGAUUAUUUCUCCAGUGUAGGUUCAGAAGCUGCCCUUAACUUUAAGCCUAAUAUUGCUGCUGUCGGUGGUACUGUUUUGUCUACCUUGCCUAGUUAUCUCGGUAACUGGGGUGUCUUGUCUGGUACUUCCAUGGCUGCUCCCUAUGUUGCUGGAUCCGUUGCUUUAUAUGUCAAGUCUCAAGGCACCACAAAGCAACCUGCUUCUUUCAUUUAUGAACAAUUCCAAAAUUACGCUUACCCCGUCAAGGUAGCACAUUCUAAUAUCACUGAUUCUCCCAUGCGUCAAGGUGCCGGUCUUGUCCAAGUAUACGAUGCCAUUACACAAACCACCCAUGUCUCUCCUGCUCAAAUCAGUUUCAACGAUACCGCUACUACCAAUUACAGAACAAAGACACUUACCAUCACUAACCGUGGUGCACAAACUAUUGCUUAUGAAUUGGUCAAUGAAGUAGCCACUGGUAUUGCCCCUUAUGAUGUUGCCACCUCCGGCUAUACUCCUCUUGAACCCGCUGUUGAUACCACUGCUGAAGCCGGCAUCAAAUUCUCCAUCAAGACAUUCAAGCUCUAUCCUGGUAACUCCCAAAAGGUGACUGUCACAGUCAUCCCACCCAAGACCAACCCUGCCGAUCAUAUCUUUUAUGGUGGUAACAUUCGUGUGAUUUCCAAGCAACAAAACUUGAGUUUGGAUACCAAGAUCCCUUAUUUCGGUAAGGUGGGUAUUACCAAGACUUUGCCUAUUUUCGAUACCGAUGGAUUCCCCGUCAUUAUUGAUCCCCAAAGUAACUUGUAUGGACCCAACGAUACCUUCACCUACGACCGUGCCAACAAGGCCACACGCCCCAUCUCUACUGUCCGAUUAUUAACCCCUACCAAACGUAUCAAGGCUGAUUUGAUUGACGCUACCACACAAAAGGUGUUGGGUGAAUUCUUUACUGGAUAUCAAUACAUGGGACGUGAUCUCUUGGUCGAAAAUAAUCAGUACACAACCGUCUUCUGGGAUGGUAAUUACGUCCCCGCCUCGCUUGCUGGUGUCACCGAUGCUAUUCCUGCACCCGCUGGUACUUACCUCUGGAGAUUAAGUGCUUUGAAGUUGUUGGGUGAUGAAGCUAACAAGAAUGAUUGGGAAACUUGGACUUCAGGUCCCAUUGUUCUCAAGAACUAAAUCGUUUUAUAUAUCUACUGUGUUUAUAAUAAUAAUAAUAAUAAUAAUAUUUUUUUUUUAAAAAAAAA